AGUGUACGUGAGGGAAAAAAGCUGUGAAGAAAAUAUUUUCUGCCAGCCAUCAUCAGCAGUGAAGCAGCAGCUCGUGUUUUUCGUAGGUCUCUUGAUCGUGGCCAUUGUGCGUUGCGUUUUUGUACCCAAAUAAUAGUCGAUUAUCGCUCGAAAUGAUUGGAAUCGGUUACGCUAAUGUUCGUAGUGUGUGAUUCUAACGGAAUAGUCAGCAUUGGCAUCGAGGAAACCCCUUAUCAUCAAUCAGUGGCAGCACACCGUGUACUGUGAAGUAGUCAGUGAGCGGUGGCUUGAGACGUCCUCUCGUUCCAUCGUGUUGGUAAAGUGCGUGUGAGAAGCGUGAGAAGACGCAUUUUGCAUUGGUGUGCUCCUCAUAUCAUCAUCAUUACAAUCAUCGUUGGGAAGAGCACCGUCAUCGCUAUCGUCGAUACGCGUUUGAUUAACUUACGGGCACUCUCCAGGGCAAGACGGAGUGACAAGAAGACGUCCGAAAAAAUAAAUCGAGAGCGAGACGAUUUUCAGCGAGCCUAGUCCAGUAUAUUGAAAUUGCCUCCGCGUAUCGACCGACGACGACGAAAUCAUUGCCAAGGUGUUAUUGGUUUUUGGAAGGCACGAAACUCGAAGCAAGCAAAAUCGACGAUUAUGGAAACGCAAAGAGCAAUCCAAGAACAGAGAAGCAGCUAAAGCCUGGUGAACGGGUCAAAAGUGAAUGUGGAUGAAAAUUUCUUCGCAGUCAAGGAAACAAAUUAGCAACAAGGAAGGCAUUUUCUGUUUGUUGGAGCGGAGGCAGCUCUAGAUCCAGGAAAACAUAGUAGAACGGAAAUCGACAGAGCGGAGAACAAAAGAUCUCGUUAUCGAAACUAUUCUUGCCACGGUGAGGUAGUGGCAGCAAACGUGUAAAUAUCGAUCUGAACAUACGGCAAAUUGAACUCAGCAAUGGAGCUUCGUGUAGGAAACAAAUAUCGUCUUGGACGCAAAAUUGGCUCCGGAUCAUUCGGUGACAUAUACUUAGGCACAAACAUUUCCACAGGCGAAGAGGUGGCCAUCAAACUGGAAUGCAUCAAAACCAAGCAUCCACAAUUGCACAUCGAAAGCAAGUUCUACCGGAUGCUACAAGGGGCAGUCGGAAUACCGACAAUCAAGUGGUGCGGUUCGGAGGGAGACUACAAUGUUAUGGUUAUGGAGCUGCUUGGACCCUCGCUAGAAGAUUUGUUCAAUUUUUGCUCAAGACGUUUCACACUCAAGACUGUGCUGCUGCUGGCAGAUCAGAUGAUUUCCCGUAUCGAUUACAUACACUCCAGAAGCUUUAUUCACCGAGACAUAAAACCAGACAACUUCCUCAUGGGACUGGGAAAAAAGGGAAACCUUGUGUACAUAAUUGAUUUUGGAUUAGCGAAGAAGUAUAAGGAUUCCAAAACGAUGGCACACAUUCCCUAUCGGGAAAACAAAAAUCUGACUGGUACGGCACGGUACGCUUCGAUCAACACGCAUUUGGGCAUUGAACAGAGUCGUCGAGAUGACCUGGAAUCAUUGGGCUAUGUUUUGAUGUAUUUCAACCUGGGUACUCUGCCGUGGCAAGGAUUGAAAGCCGCUAACAAACGGCAAAAGUAUGAACGUAUCUCUGAGAAGAAACUCUCGACUCCGAUAGAAGAACUGUGUAAGGGGUUUCCAGCGGAAUUUGCAUCGUAUUUGUCAUACUGUCGCCAGUUGGACUUCACACAACGUCCGGACUAUUGUUACCUGCGAAAAGUGUUCCGACAACUUUUCGCACGACAAGGUUACACGUACGAUUACGUGUUCGACUGGAACAUGCUAAAAUUCGGGGGAUCCAAUCGUCAUAAUAAUACCAACGACCGGCACAAAACCGCUGCCGUCGUUCAGCAAAGUGACCCCGCUGCCCUUGGAUCCAGUAUGGUAGCCACUGCCGGUGGUGGCGUGGUAACAACCGUGACAGGAACGACUGCCUCCCUAGCAAAGAACAAUGAUUCCUGCAAACAGCUCUCGAACCGGGUGGUCCAGAUAAUGGCCCAAUCGAGACUUCCAGGAGCUGAUCAGCAGCAGGUACCAGUUCCGCAACAGCAGCAGCAACCACCCCACAACAACAACGCCGGGAAUACAAAUCCAGAACCAAUCGCUACGUUCUCUCGGCAUGACACACCCGAGCGUCGCUCGUCCAUCCGCUUGCGUGGCCAGAAUCUAGACUCACGGAAUAUUGAAUAAUAUUAAAUUCAUUAUUUAAGUUUUUAUUUACAUAUAUAAUUUUAAUUAUAUACCUAAAAGUUUGCCUAUGAAUCAGCAGCGACAGGCCAAAAUAGCUGAACGGCUGGCAAGAGCUGAUAGGGCAAUUCUAGAGGAUACAGAAAAGUGCGCUGCAAUGAAGGUAGCGUGAUGCGAACGGGUGGGUCAUUCUGCUUUACCUUUUUUUUUCAAUUCUCAGUAAAGAGAAGGCCCAUUUUUGCGAAAGAUAUACACGAAAAUAGACUAGCUAGUGCAAAGAUAUAGCCCAUGUAGGAAUAGGAAUGUCGAUGGUAGAAGAUGCAAACACACUCAGAUUACUGUUUACUGCAGUAACGUUCAAGAAACUGGCCAUUUUCUUCGGAAGGAAGACGGCAACGCGUGCAAAAAAUGAUGUAGAUUCAUAGAAGUAUAUUGAAAUUAAAUUAAAAUCUUUAAUUAAUAUCAUAAA